CAAAGUCUAUUUAUUGUUUACAUUUUCUCAUUUCGCUCACGCACACGCGCUAUGUGUGACCCUCAAUACGUCGACUUAAAUUCGUUUCUUCUAACAAUUUAGGAGUUUACACGCCUAGAGUACAAUGUUGGGGAGCAUCUGGAACUUUGUUAAGCGUCACAGAAGGAAAUUCUUCGUACUUGGUGCAUUUGCAGGAGGUGCAGCACUUUUGUACAAGUAUGCUGAGUGGAAGUUGAAGGAAUGGAGAGAGACGGAAGAAGCGGAAUGCCUUGCAAUGGCUCGAAGACAACACCAUUUCGAGAGCAACCAGCGAACUUGCAAUAUGACAGUGCUCUCCAUGAUUCCUAAGCUGAGGGAAUUGCUUCUUCAUCAUCUUAACUCAGAAGAACUCAUACAGAGACUAAAGUCAGGAACUGAAAACAAGGUUUUGGUGUGGAAUGAAUUAAAAGUUGUUAGUUUCACACGGAUGGUGGUAGCUGUAUACAGUACUGUGUUGUUAACAGCCUUCCUCAGAGUACAGCUCAACAUUCUAGGAGGCUACAUGUAUCUUGAUACCCUGGCUGGGAAGAAUGGCCUGACGUACUACAAGGUGCAUGCUACACAGGAUGUACAGAAGGAAUAUCUUGCCAUGGUACAAUACCUAUUAACAGAUGGUUUGACCGAGCUUAUCAACCAUGUUAGAGAAGUUGUACAGAAUGUUGUUGGAAGCAUAUCAUUGCAGCAACUCCUUAGCCUCUCUGACAUGGAAGAGAUCAUAGCAAAGGUCAGAGGUCAAGUUGAAACAACACAGUAUGGAGGAGAAGUUGUGGUACCGGACUGUUCCAUUCAUCCCCUUGGGAGGUACCUUCUCAAGCCGGAGGGACUAGAUGGAGAGGAAUCGGCAUGUCAGCUCAGUGAAGACCAGCUUGUGUUGACUGCAAUACAAUUAGAAACUAGGGAUUUAAUUGAAAGCCAUGAUUUUAGCUGUGUGGUGAAUUCUUGCCUUGAUAUUGGGUUCAGCCGUCUAUUGGACAAUAUGGCUGAGUUCUUCAGACCAGUUACAACUCGAAAUGGAGAAAGCCCAUGUGGUCUCAAACUAGCCAUGGCCAAAGCCAUUCCAAUUGUUAACGGCCAGGUCAACGCACUCUGCUGUGAUACCCCAAAUCAUUUUGUCCAGGAGUUGCUGCUGAUGCAGUGCGUGAAGGAUUUUGCUUCCAAUGUCUACGAGGCAUUCAGCCAACCUCCCGCCCACGAAGAAAGAAACGGUGACGCCAGGUCGCCUCAUCAAAAUGGCAACACACAAAGGAUUUGAAAAGUGAUCAUAGGAUUAGAGACUGACUAUUAAAAGCUCCAGAUCCAGCACGGAGGAGAGCAUGUGGGACUAGAUUCAGUGUUACAGGGGAUAAAAAACAUGGUCAGUCCUUUAUACUUGAAAGUGGCGAAAAAAGAGUGGAACUAAAGUACUAUACUGCUUUUGUACAGUCUCUCUGCAACAGAUUGACCUAACAUUUGAACCAACACCAAUUUCAGCAUUUGGGACCAUACAAAGAGAGCAUACAGUGUAAGUGAGAAGAUGGAAAUGAAGCUCUAUCAAAAUGACUUUAAAGAGUGAAAUAUGCAAUACAAGUUCAUUGUAUGGAUUUAAGUACCUUGGACCUGACGGAGAGUGGCAGAAGGAUAUAAAGUACAUCUAGUUCAGUGGGAUACUACAAGAAUGAGACACAAGCCAACAUCAAUUUCCAUAUAUGGGACCAAGCAGAGAGAGAAAAUGUGAGAAAGUUUGAACAUCACUACUGAUAUUUCUAUAUUGCUAUAUGGAACGAACAACUGAAGAGAAAGAAAUCAAUUGUCGCAUAGAAUUCCAAAAAAAUCAGCAUUCAAGAUGGAUUUGAUCAUAAUCGUGGCUACGUGAAGUUAAUUUAUUUUUCAUGUGCCAUCAUGGAUAUCAGUUUGUGGGACCUACCAAAUAGUCAAAGAAGAGUCAGAGUUCUGACUAGAAAAGGAGUACCACAAAGACUAUUAGCCAUGUUAUCUAUAUGCUCUUGCUCUUUUUCAUUAUUUUAUGCUACAGUU